AUGCAAAAGGUUGCAGACCUGCUGCAGGCCGCAGGACACGGAUCAAGUAAUCAAUACGGCAUCGCAAUAAGCCCACGAUUUGACACAAGUCUCCAAGGAUGUGCCAGAGAGUCACAUCUGGACAAUCCCGAAAGCCCCGAAUGCACAAAAUUGGUUAGAUCGCUAACUGACAAGCCUGGAAGAUCAAGCAUUAGCAACCUCACCGCAUCCCGAUGGUUGUUGGUUUGA